AUGAAUCGGUACCUGUACCUGCCUUUCAAGUCUUAUCACACCCAGUCUACAAAAGUCGGUGACGCGUGCGUGUGUGGUCUGAGUGGCUCAGACGAGGGGGGAAUGGGAGAGAGGGGCUUGGAAGAGGAGAUGCGUGUGGACGAGGAGAGGCGUGUAGAAGAGGAGAGGCGUGUGGAAGAGGAGAGGCAUGUGGAAGAGGAGAGGCGUGUGGAAGAGGAGAAGCGUGUGGAAGAGGAGAGGUGUGUGGAAGAGGAGAGGCGUGUGGAAGAGGAGAGGCGUGUGGAAGAGGAGAGGCGUGUGGAAGAGGAGAGGCGUGUGGACGAGGAGAGGCGUGUGGAAGAGGAGAGGCGUGUGGAAGAGGAGAGGCGUGUGGAAGAGGAGAGGCGUGUGGAAGAGGAGAGGCGUGUGGACGAGGAGAGGCGUGUGGAAGAGGAGAGACGUGUGGAAGAGGAGAGGCGUGUGGACGAGGAGAGGCGUGUGGAAGAGGAGAGGCGUGUGGAAGAGGAGAGGCGUAUGGAAGAGGACAGGCGUGUGGAAGAGGAGAGGCGUGUGGAAGAGGAGAGGCGUGUGGAAGAGGAGAGGCGUGUGGAAGAGGAGCAAGAGUGGGUGAGGGCAGAGGGAGGCAGCAGAGCGUGGGGGGCAGGCGAGGGAGGGGAGUGGAAAGUGGUGAAGCGGUGGCACGGGGGCAGCAAGGAGGUGGGCAGGAAGGGAGGCAAUCCUGCGCGGGAUGGGGAGCAGUGCAGUAUGGUAGACGGAGAGUAG